AUGGCAGCGGUGCCCCUGCGGCCCUGCAGAGCCGCCGGCCGCCUCUUGCCGCUGCUGUGCGGUGGGGCGAGGAGCAAGGGAGCUCGGAGCCCCGGGAUGCCGGGCCGCCUCACACAGCGGCGCUACAAAAAGGACGUGCUGCCCUCCCCCGAGGGGCCCGUGCCCUCCGUCUCCAUCACCGAGAUCCGACAGUACCUACGGGCCCAGGGCAUCCCUUUCCACGAUGGGUACAGCUGCCUGCAUACCCCCAGCCUCUUCACCGAUGGCCGGGAGGUCCAACCGCCGGCCGCGGCUGCUAGCACACCUUACACGCUUUUCAUUGACAAGACCACGGGCAGCUUCCUGUGCACGGCCACUCUAGCCGAGGGCACUUGGCAGGACUUCCAAGCCAACGUGGAGCUGCAGCACCGUGGUAUUCCCCCUGCCAGCUCAGAGGAGUCAGAAGAGGACAUGCAACGGGCUCGCGAGGAUGCUUGCUGCAUUUGGGACCGAGCUCUGCCCCUCUGGGAGCUACUGGAUGAGGAAGAGACCAGUAAGACCAAGGCCAUGUUUGGUAUCUCCCUGGUGUCAGAUGCCACCCUGAAACGCUUUGGGGUGCGUUAUCUGAGGACUGCCAAGUCCCUUGUCUUCCCUUGGUUCAGCACUCGCGAUGCCACCCUGAAGGGCCUGAAGCUUGUGAGGGUGGAGAAGAAGGGGGAUGCAAUAGCUUAUGUAGAAGAGACUUUACCCCGCUUUGAUUCCUAUCGCAAUCUUUUUGGACUGCCACUAAUUAGCCGCCGAGACACAGAGUUGGUUUUAACUGGGUGGGAGCUGGAUGCCUUGGCCCUGCACCAAGCUACGGGGGUAGCCAGCCUGGCCUUGCCACGGGGGGCCACCUGCCUGCCCCCUGCUCUCCUCCCGUACUUGGAACAGUUCAAGCGCAUCACACUGUGGUUGGGUGAGGACCUGCGGUCCUGGGAAGCUGCCAAGCUCUUUGCCCGCAAGCUGAGCCUCAAGCGCUGCUCUCUAGUGCGUCCUGGCGACCUGCAGCCCCGGCCCUUGGAGGCUCUCAACCAGGGCCUGAACCUCACCAAGAUUCUGCGUGCUGCCUUGCCUGCCAGCCACAAAUCCAUUGUCUCCUUCCGACAGCUGCGUGAGGAGGUGUUUGGAGAGCUGGUCAACACAGAGCAGGUGGCUGGUGUCAAGUGGGCACGCUUCCCUGAGCUCAACAAGCUCCUCAAAGGGCACCGCAGAGGGGAGCUCACUGUCUUCACAGGCCCAACAGGCAGUGGGAAGACGACCUUCAUCAGUGAGUAUGCGCUGGACCUCUGCAUGCAGGGGGUGUGCACUCUGUGGGGCAACUUUGAGAUCAACAACGUCCGUUUGGCCAAGAUCAUGCUGACACAGUUUGCUGGCCGGCGCCUGGAGGACCAACUGGAGCUGUAUGAUGAGUGGGCAGAUCGCUUUGAGGAUCUCCCACUCUACUUCAUGACUUUCCAUGGCCAGCAGAAUAUCAAGACAGUGAUUGACACCAUGCAGCACGCUGUCUACAUGUACGACAUCACCCACGUGGUUGUCGACAAUCUCCAGUUCAUGAUGGGACAUGAGCACCUCUCUGUGGACAGGCUUGCUGUCCAGGACUACAUCGUUGGUGCCUUCCGCAAGUUUGCUACAGACAACACCUGCCACAUCACACUGAUUAUCCAUCCUCGCAAGGAGGACGACGAGAAGGAGCUGCAGACAGCCUCCAUCUUUGGCUCUGCCAAGGCCAGCCAGGAGGCUGACAACGUCCUCAUCCUGCAAGACCGUAAGCUGAUGUCAGGGCCUGGAAGGCGCUACCUGCAGGUGUCCAAGAACCGUUUUGACGGGGACGUGGGCAUCUUCCCUCUGGAGUUCAGCAAGGCCUCGCUCACCUUCUCGUCCUCCGGCAAAAGCAAGGUCAAGCUGAAGAAGAUGAAGGAGGAGAAGACAUCUAAAGAGGCCAAGCAAGUUCCAGAGGGAGGUUCAGGAGCCUCCAAGAAGUCAUGA